GUCGAUGUAACCACGCACGAAGGUCCGAGCACCGUACAUCGAAUCAGCCCCCUCAUACAACCGCCCAUCUUAAGAUAAAUCCAACCAUAGUUCACUUUUGCUUCACUGCCACACCAAGAAACCACACCAUAGCCUUAUACUCAUAUUUCAUCAUUUCCAGCAUGGCCAAUCAGCAGCAAAUCGAACUCCUCCAAGCCGAAGUCGACGAGACCGACCAAAGCUUCUUCCGCCUCUUAGUGAACGGCCAAUCCAUCAAAUACAUCACCAUCGAACCCGGAAUCUACAGCACAGAGGAUAUGUGUUUCGGUCCGUCUCUAGUCUCUAUUUUACCCGAUUUCCCCUCUGGAGAUUGGAACGACGGCUUAGUUUCCAAAGACGCAAAGGAUAAUCAACCGCGCUUUACAUCUAUUAAAUUAACCCAGUUCCCGGGGGUCCAGAACAUCUGGCAUGAGACUCAUAUCAAUUACUUGGAUCUUUCGGUGGAGAGGAAACUACGGACGGGGAUUUAUAAAGUCAAAUGUUCACAGUAUGAUAAUGUUGUUGUCGUCGCCAAGUUCGCGCGGUUCCCCUGGGAGAUCCAGUACAUUGGGAAUGAAACUGCGGCGUAUCAGUGGAUAUCGGGUCAUGGUAUUGGGCCUGGGUUCCUUGGUCACGUUACGGAGAGUGGACGCGUGAUUGGGUUUCUGAUUGAAUAUAUAAGAGAUGCACGGCAUGCUGGGAUUCAGGAUGUUGAGAGUUGCAGGGAGGUAUUGGGGCGGCUGCAUGAUCUGGGGGUUUGCCAUGGGGAUACGAAUCCGUUUAACUUUCUUAUCUGUGAUGGGAAAGCCACGUUGAUUGACUUUGAUACCGCUCGGAAAUGUGAUGAUCGGGGUGUGCUUGUUCAGGAGAUGGAUGGUUUAGCUGCGUGCUUGGACGAUCGAUCUGGUAGAGGGGGUGGUGGCCUUCUCUGAACACUAUUGGGUGGAACCAAAUGAAUACCAUUUCGUAGAGCCUGGCAAUCGGUAGUUGGCAGGGUUCUACUCUGUCACCCGAUAGUGUCAGGACAGUUAUAGUAAUAAU